UAUGGGGAAAGUCGUUGCCAUUCGACCUCUGCAAGCCUGCGCGGACGCAGCUAGAACCCUGAAAUUCAUUAUGCGUUUAAAAGCUUUAUUUAUUUCCGCAUAACCUACAUACUCUCACCAGGAGGCCAAAGCGGGAAAACGACAACCAGCCAUUUAAUUCGGAUCCGUAACAUAUAAUACUUAAAGAAAUAUAAAUUAGUAGUAAUAUUGUUAAGAAAGUGGUAGAUUUUAAUAUAUUAAGAAAAUGUCCGGAGAGAGAAACCGCAGGUCUCUGGCGUUCGGAGGAGGUGGAUUAGCGGUAACCAGCUCCAGUGGUGUCGGUGGGGGCAACAGUAACAGCUGGGAGGCCCAGGCCUGUCAAGACCGACAUUUGAACGGGAACAGGCCAGAUCAAGAAGAGGAUAGGGAUCUGGGGGCAAAAGGACCAUCGCAAGGGAGAGUGGAGGGUGGGGGAUCUCUCAGUGAUAGCGCAGAACCAGAGGCUGAGGAGGAAGAGGACCCGGAAGGGGGCAACUGGGCAGCCGGGGUAGGAGACGAUCGUGUCGGUUGGGUGGCAGUAACUGUCGGAGAAGACGAGUCCAGGGAAGGGAGUAGCCGGACAGCGGGUAACUGCCUGAACAACGAGGACGGCGCUGACUUGGGCAGUGGGGGCACUGGAUCCGAGGACGACAGAGGCGAAGCUGCCAGGAAAUCUUGGGUAGAAAUGAGACCGCAGACGCUACUCCAGAAACACCCCCAAUUCCAAGCUUCAUGGCUACAGGAGUUUCCAUGGCUCACAUUUUGUCAGGAGACGGGACUUAUGUCCUGCUCCUGGUGUCACAACAUUCCCACUAAAAACAACGACGAGCUGGUGAGAGGUAGUCGAAAUUACAAGCGGGCCUUGCUGCUGAGACAUCACCUGUCUUCUGAGCACGGGAGGAAUGACCCGACAAAACAGGAGCUGGAGCGGCCUGGCUGUGAGGACCCCCCCCAGGGGACAGACAUGGAGACAGAAGACUACUACAGUAAUAACAAACCUAACCAGGACUCGUACUGCUACCAGCUGCUGCAGGAACUGGACAAACAACGCAAGGGAGGAAUCCUGUGUGACGUCAACAUCGUUGUGAGUGGAGAGGUGUUCCGGGCUCACAAGAACAUCCUCGUGGCCGGGAGCCGCUACUUCAAGACCCUCUACUGCCUGACCAAGAGCGAGAACUCCUCUUCCUCAUCCUCGCCAUCUGACCAGACGACCACAGUCACCGUCACCCAUCUCGACGUGGCGGCCGGGGCGGGGUUCUCAGUCAUCCUGGACUUCCUGUAUAGCGGUAACCUCCUACUGACCAGUCAGAAUGCCAUCGAGGUGAUGUCCAUGGCCUCUUUCCUCCAGAUGACGGAGGUGGUGGGAUCGUGUCGGGGGUUCAUCAAGGAAGCACUCAACAUCAGCAUCAAGCAGGAGGCCCCGGACUCAGUGGUGGUGGAUUACAACAAAAGGAGAACGGUGGCCAAAGACGGAGCAGGACAGCUGGGCUCAGACGGCAGCACCAACAAGAAGCCUGGAUGUAACUUCUGGGCCACCAGCAUCCUGUCCAAGCUGUCGAUAAAAGCCAGUGGUCAUGUCAACAAUGGGGAUCAGAUAGGGGGAGGCAGCGUGAAGGAGGAGCCCAGUGAUGUGAUGGUAUCUGCGGGGGAGGGCUGCGCUCUGGGGAGCUCCGGCUGGGGCUGUGAGAACUCGUCCGAGUCGGCUGAGAACGAGCCUCCGAGCGUUCCGGGGCCGGUGUUCGUCUGGAACGAGCCGGCUCCCGGUGCGGCGGCGGGCGGGCCGGUGGCGGUGAAGCGGGAAAAUCAGAAGGCGGACCUGGGGAGCGGGCGGAGGAAGAAACAGAUCACACGGCGGUUCGUCUACAACAUCCCACCGGACCCGGAAGAAGGGUUUGACGAGGGGAUGUUCGUCCAGCCCUCAGCCUCCUACCCCAGGGAGGACUUCUCCUUCCUCUCUGAGAAUGCCGAACUGGCCAAUCAGUUUCAGUACAGCCUCCUGCAAGAGUCCCAGCAAGGGGAGUCCUGGGAGAAUGGCGAGUCGUCCGACACGGCCCUGAAUAAGCUCAAGUGUCCCCACUGUAACUACAUCGCCAAGCACCGGAGAACACUAAAGAGGCACCUCAUCAUUCACUCUGGCGUCCGCUCCUUCAGCUGUGAUAUCUGUGGCAAGCUGUUCACCCGCAGAGAGCACGUCAAGAGACAUUCCCUGGUGCACAAGAAGGACAAAAAGUACAAGUGCAUGGUGUGCAAGAAGAUCUUCAUGCUGGCGGCCAGCGUGGGGAUCCGGCACGGCUCACGGCGCUAUGGUGUGUGUGUGGACUGUGCUGAAUCCCACCAGUCCACGCAGGAGGGCCUGGAGUCCCUGGAGGUGUUCGUCCGCGAGGAUGAUGACUUUGAGGGGGAGGAGCCUGACGAGGACAUGGCUGAGGAGGGGGAGGAGCCUAACGACAACGACCAAUCCAACUUGGAGGGUGACACUGGUAGUUAAAGAUUUUUUUUUAAAUGAAAUAAAGCUGGUAACAAUCAACAACUCCAAAGUGCUAUCAAACCUCGAGGUUACUUACACGGUUUAGUGUAUGAGACAAAGAGAGAAGCUUUGGUAGAGCGGGACUCAAGAUGUACAGAUAUUCUAUGUGUCACUCUGGGCCUAGUGCUCACUAGAGAAAGAGAGAAAUGAAAUAUUGAAAUCAGGUUUAUGGUGAUUUUGUUUUGGGGGGAGGGGGGGGUGUACAGCGUUUUUAGUUGCAAUAGACCAAUCAUCUUAAGAAAUAUUAUUUAAUUUAUGAAAGAAGUUUUUAUGGUCUUAUUCAAUUCUAUAAUUUUUUUCUGUUUUGUAAACUGCUAUCAAUGAGUUUCAGUAUUUGACUGUACUUUCUGUCAGAUCUGUAACUAUGUUGCUAGGUGCAUGUUGUUAGACAGAAGGACGUGAAAGAAAGGGCAUUAUUUGCCGACAGGAAGAUUUGAUGUUUAGAUGACCUGAACAUUAUGAUUUACUAUUCUAUCUUUUCCCUGCACAAAUCUUGGAACCAAAAAAAUCUGUUUUGUGACUAUUUUAUCACAGCCAUAUUUAUGAGUUUAUGUUAAGUGGGCUGUGCUAUUGUGCCAAGCAGAAAGCACAGCAAGAUUUAUCAGGAGACAAAAAACUACUGAGAGAAACAAAAGUCGAGCAGAGAGAAAAAAAAGAAGCGAAAGUACCAGGGGAAAUGUUAUUUGCUAGCUUUAUACAAAUCACAGCACCACACAGUAACACUUUAUAAAGCAUUUUGACAUUCACUUAAAGCUUGAAUUUUGCCAAAUGACGGAAAUGUUUGGUGCUGUAAUGUUUAUGUUGCGAGAUACUGGACCUACAGCUGUAUAUGAGGUUUAUAAUCAUAAAGCCUGAAAUGACUCAGUUAUAUAUAUAUAUAUAUUAAUCAGCUAUCUAUAGAACACUGUUGUGCUACGGCUCCUAUCAGGAAUGCUUUGCCAUUGUCUUUUUGUAUUUAAUGCACACACACACACACACACACACACGCACACACACGCUCGCUCACAUACCAUUUUGUAGAACUACCGGCAGUACUUGUAAACAUGAUGUAGGGACCUAAGUUAAAAAGAUACCUUUAUUUAUAUAUAUAUAUAUAUAUACAUAUACAUGGUUUAUAUCAAGUAGUGAUAUAUUAUAGCUCUAUAUAUAUAUAUA